ACCCAACAAAUAAAAAAUACAAACGGACACUCAGAUUUAUUGUUCUCGACUAGAAAGGAACCACCAUGAAGAACAAGAACAAGUCUCAGAAAACUAUUUCCAAAGCCAUUUCGAUCCUGCAACAGAAGGAGAAAUUUCCGGUUCUAGUUCGAUACAAAAUUGAUGCGUUGGAGAACGCGUUUCUCGAAGGAGUUGAAACAGCAAUUUGCGAUCUUCUUUGCAACAGAAACAACACUGCCGAUAGGAUUUCCCGCGUUACUUCUAGGAACCACAAUAUUGACGCAUAUGGGUUGGAUAGCGAUCGUGAUACUGAAGCGGAGGUGGCGCACGCUAUUGCUACCUGUCCAAGGGUUCUAAGGAAAAAAAUACAGCAUGCUUUCGAAGGAUACCGAUACCCUAUCGCGGUACAGCUGAACAACCCAAAGGCUGUAUCGUUUGUUCCUUUGCUUGCAAAGCUAGGUAUCGAAUUUGGAAAUUUCAAAAAAGAAGAGCGUGGUGGUAUCUUCGAUGCUGAUUUCCCAGGCCCGAAUAUUUUGAGCGAAUUAGUAGAAAACACAGCCUGGCAGUUGGGAAGAAGAAUUCGUCGAAAAUUGGUCGUUGGUUCCAAUAGCAGUGAUAAUGACGGCGAGGACGAUGACCCUUUUCUGGAAGUUCUGUUACGAAUGAAAGCAAUGGAUCUUUUUAAAAAGAAUGAUAUUCGGGAUUAUGGCUUAGUCAUGAAGUUGUGCAAUCGUGCUCGGAUUCCGGAAAAACCAUUCCGAUUCCUGACGGAUUGGGAUCCACUUUCGCUCACGACACGCAACAACAACAAAACCAAUAGUACUUCCCUGCCUUUGCACCAUGCUGCAUGGACCGGGAGUAAGAGACAGUGUGGAAUGGUGUUGGAAGCUGGAUUGCGACACUUUCCCGCUUGCGAAGGAAUCCUUCUCCUUUUUCAAAAGGAUUCAACCGGUAGCACGCCCUUUCAUUAUGCCUGCGAGCGCAUCGGUGUCAAAAGCACCAUGAAAGUGAUCGACAACACAAUGCAGAAAGUGAGAAAAGAUGGCUGCUUGGAAUGUUCGUUCAAGAGUAUCCAGGCAGUGUUGAUGGCUUCUACCUGUGAAAAUAUUCACUUAGAUGGUCUCUACUUCUUGUUGCGCAGGCAACCCAAUUUACUGCUUCAUGAGUAUCACCAUCACUAUUGGAGGCCGGCAGAAAGGGCGGUCUCACACGCGUAUAUCCGGCGUUGUUGAAUCACAUAGCGUGACUAUGAACAAUUG